CCUCACUCGAGUACCUGGACCAACCGCCCGCUCCCACGCUCACGUCCAGCAUUGGCCGGAGGGUUCGAGAAUGACCCUUUGCCUCGGAACACAUCCAAAGUUGAGGCGGCAUGGGAAAGCCGCGGGCCACGCGCAAGCAGCCCAUCGUGCUUUCGUCCGACAGCGAUGAAGACGCAUCACACUCGCCGCCCCCUAAGCGUCCGAAGAGGGGCACACUAACAAGCAUAUCCCAGAAUGGGGCACGUGGAGACUCAAAGUCCUCCAAACAGCAGAAACGACGCGCAGCCUCACCGAAACCUCAUAAGCCUCCUGCCAAAUCACCCCAGAAACCAAAGCCCAUCUACAGGCCAAUUACAUCCUUCUUCAGCAAUGUCCCUCCGCCUCAGACAACUCAGCCAACUCCCAGUCCAGAAAAGCUUGCCACGAAUACUCCUCUUGAGGAGGAAGACGAUAUCUUGGACUCUUCCGCAGAUGAGCAUUCCACUAAGACGCAGCCGAGAAAAUCUGAUACCGAAAAUGCGUUAGCGGUCCGAAGAAGGGUGAAUGAAUUGCGCGGUCCGGACAAUGAAGGACCGCCAAAGGGCAGCCAAAAAUUUCUCAGGACAAUGAAUGGGGCACGUACCACUCCUCCAUUGUCGCAGCAUGUGCAGUUAGAGAAUGUAGACAAUAGACCAUGGAAUGAGAAAUACGGCCCCCUAUCUUUGGAUGAGUUGGUAGUUCACAAGAAGAAGGUGGCCGAUGUUCGAGCAUGGCUGUCAGAGGUCUUCGGCGGGGGGCGCAAGAGACUGUUGCUUCUCAAAGGCUCCGCGGGAAGUGGAAAGACUACAACUGUAUCACUACUCUCAAAAGAAAUGGGGUUUGACAUACAUGAGUGGAAGAACCCGGUCAGCUCGACUUCCUCUCCUGAAGGCUUCGUCUCAAUCACCGCACAAUUUGAGGACUUUGUUGGGAGGACUGGCGCAUUUGGAAGCCUUGCAUUCGACGAACCGCUUUCGACUCGUCAGGCCCAACCAACACCCAGUACGACAAAUAGACAAAAGCAGCUGAUUCUGGUAGAAGAGUUCCCUAAUACAUUUCAACGUGCGUCUUCAGCCGUACAGUCAUUUCGGUCAUCCAUACUCAAUUUUCUUGCUGCGAAUACACCGUCCGCCAGUGCGUUCUUCUCUCAGCAGAGGGAUCCGGAAGAAACUAUUACUCCAAUUGUAAUGAUUAUUUCGGAAACUCUUCUCUCUACGAAUACUGCUGCAGCUGACAGCUUUACUGCGCAUCGCCUCCUCGGCCCGGAGAUUCUCACCCAUCCUGGUGUCACCGUUAUCGAAUUUAACCCUAUUGCGCCGACAUUUAUGACCAAAGCGCUGGAGCUUAUUGUGCUGAAAGAGGCACGGAGGAGUGGCCGGAGGAGGACUGCAGGUCCCCAGGUAAUUCAGCGACUUUGCGAGCUUGGAGAUAUUCGUAGUGCGGUCUCCUCUUUGGAAUUUCUUUGCCUCCGAGGCGACGAGGAUGAGGGGUGGGGUGCCAAGGUUAAUUUUACGAAGAGGAAGGGUUCCAAGGAUAUUCCACUGACCAGGAUGGAACAAGAUUCCCUAGAGAUGAUUACACAGCGCGAAAGCACCCUUGGCAUUUUCCAUGCUGUAGGAAGGGUGGUGUACAACAAACGUCUCCCAGAAGACGCGAACUGCAAAUCGAAUCCCCAGCCUCCAAACUGGUUCCCGGAACGACGAAGGCCAAAGCCCUCUGAGGUCCAAGUCGACAUGCUAAUUGACGAACUUGGUACCGAUACACACACGUUCAUUGCUGCACUGCAUGAGAACUACAUUCUCUCGUGCGAAGGCGGCGAUAUUGAGGAAACAAUGGACUCAAUAAAUGGAUGUAUCGACGCUUUGUCUGAUGCAGACCUCCUUUCCACAGACCGUUUCGGCACCUCCGGAAUUCGUUCACGGACGUUCCAGGGAACCGGUGCGGACAAUUUACGCCAAGAAGAAAUGAGCUUUCAAACCAGUGUUCGUGGCUUGCUAUUUAGUCUCCCUUCUCCAGUUAAACGGGUAGCGCCUCCGCUUGGCAUCAUGGGUAUGAAGGGCAAAGCAACUGGGAAGGGAAGUGCACAUGCCAUGUACUAUCCUUCGUCGCUACGGAUAUGGAGGCAGCAGGAAGAGGUCGGUGGACUGCUCGAUAUGUGGAUUUCGCGAGCUCAACGAGGCGAGUUGUUUGCUCCUGGUGUUGGGCCAUCCAAGCAUGCUGAGGCAAGCACUAGUGGUGUGGAUACUUGGAGGAGGGCCGUUGGAUUCUCGCACUCCACAAGGCCAACUCCUACUCCAUCACAAACACAAACUGCGAAACCAGAAACAGAGGAUCAACCUCCUCAAGUUCUCCUCGGGAGCGGCGGCUCAGCCCGCUACGAAAUGCUCCUCGAGCGCCUCCCCUACGUUCCCCUCAUCAUUCGCAAAUCCUCCAUGCCGUCUCCCUCUAUCGCAGCCACCAUCCGCGACAUCCAGAAAAUUACGUCCUUCACUGGGGCCACAGUUGGCGCUUCGACAGACGAAGAUCAGGACGACGAUGACAUAUCAGGUGAGCACGAGCAGUGGGCUACUGAUCGCCCGGGCCCAGAGACGCCGAGGCGAAGGAAAAGGAAGAUUAAGAUUAAGAUUAAGAGUGAUGAGAUAACUAUGGCGUUGCCCGGAAUUGCGGAAAAGGAUGUUGCAAAUUUGGUGCUGAGUGAUGAUGAUAUCGAGGAUUAGGGGUUUGUAUUAUAUGGACUGGACUGGCCUGGUCUGACAUGGUGUUGGGAGUUAUAUGCAAUCAAAUGGGAUACGGAAAGGUGGCCCUGCGAAUGAUCUUAUGGGAUAGGAGGGGCUCUCCGAGUUGAUAUUGCUUUG